UUAUGCACAACGAAUCGGGAUACGCCUGAUAUCAAACCACGCGAACCCCGCUGGUAAAUCCCGCCCAUCAAGCCAACCCGCCAAGCAGAGGUGGCUAGCGGUUAGCUGGUGGUUAGCUGUUAGCUGUUUUGGGGGAACGCCAUGACAGCAGAAUCCACACCGAGGUCUGUGUUCCAGUCCCUGUAAACAUCAAAACUGUCCGGCCGCUUUUAAAACUAAAGGGACAUAACUUAAAUCCAGGAUGUGCUCCGUCGUCGGAUGUGAUUCGGGGCGUCGCAGUGCCCCACGGUUUAAGUUACCGGAGGACCCAGAGAGGAGACUGGAGUGGGUUCAGUUCCUGUUCGAAGUCAACGGGCAGCGACUUAAAGAAUCGUCCUGGACUGAUAUCACUAUUUGUAAUGAACACUUUACUAAUGACUGCUUUGACGACCUGGCUCCAGGGACUGGCACGGUCCUUCUAAAGCCCAGUGCAGUCCCAUCACUGUGUGUCAAGUCCGAGCCAGACGAACCGGAGCUGGAUCAGGAGCCUUUUCAAAUCUCAGAAGCAGCUUUUCAUGAGGACAUUAAACCCUGUAAUUCUCCAACUUCCUACUCGGAAGAAGCAAAAUAUACUGUAACUGCUUUCCAUGCAAGCCCGGUGUCAUAUUCACCAGAGGCUUCAAACGCUGUCACCUCUGAUGAUUUAAACAAGGAAAAAGCUGCGCUUCUGACGGAAGGAAAGUGUAUUGUGAAUGAAAGCUGCCUCUUCCAGUUGUUACGCCGCAAAUGCCCGUCAUGUGGAUGUAAGCUUCAGACGGAGAAGGUCACCUAUGGGGUGCUCAUCAUCUUGAACCAACAGUGUCUUCAGUGUGACUACAGAAACCAAUGGAAAAGCCAAGUCAAUGCCAGCGUCCCAACAGCUGAAGAUCAACAGCUGACAGAAGAAGUGCCAACAGUUUUCUCUGAGAUUGUUACCUUUAGUGAUGAAGAAAGUGAUCAGUCAGAUGCAGGAGAGGAAGGUGAUGGUGACGGGGUGAGCUCAGAUGGGGAAUGGAAUCCAACUGAGGAUACUUUGCUGGCUGAAGAGCUCACAAAGAACUCCGAAGAGAAGCCGAAGAUGAAACCGAAGACGAAACCGAAGAUGAAGGCGAACAGGAGGAAGAUUCUCCGGGUGGCCUCCAAAUUCACGAGCUCUGCACGGACUGUGGAUGUUUUUUCACUAUUCUGAAGCCUCACACGUGUGAGCACAAAAUAAAGCCCUAUUCCUGCAAUGUGUGUGGCAAACGAUGUGUUACCAAGACGUCGCUAAAAAAUCACAGUCGAAUUCACGAUGAAACCUACGACCACCCUUGUAAAUUCUGCCACGCUCCCUUCAAAACGAGGCUGGACAAACUUAAACACGAGCACAUCCAUAAAGACAGGAAAGAUCCCUAUAAAUGUCCCGACUGUCCAGAGACAUUUACCACCAAUAAAAAACGCAGAAUUCA